CUCGCCGAGAUUGUUGUCGGCAUGAUGUUUUUUUGUUUGUUCCCGUCUUUCCUCGCGUCCACGAGGAAACGGUCGUCUGUCAUUAAGCGUCAUUAUGACCCAUUAAGUGAUAUUUAUCUUGGAGCAACUCCCUUCCUCUACACUGAGCUCCGUCACAACUCUGGAGCGGUGUCCCACCAAGGCAUUGUUUCGGCUCCCUUAACUAUUUGGCCGUUUCUUACGUCAUUUUUCUGCAAACAUGCGCUCUUGGUUAACUUUGGCCUCAAAUGAACAGCCUUGGUUGGAUACCGCAAACAUUCUGACAAGGUUCCAAUCUUUAAAAGCAUCAAUAAUGGCAGACAUCAGUGCCAUAUAGGCUACAUCAUCUGGAGGUGUUUGUCAAAUAACAUUUGACAUCUGAAUUUGAAAUCUGUUUCAUAGAUAAUGUAGUUUGAUUUAAAUCUUAACAUCCAGAUACGGUACUGGUUGCAGUUGAUCCAAAAGAAAUGCUACAAAAUUAAGAAAACUGUUGUUAGCUUCAGCUAGCGGCUAGUGCUACCAACAGUGUUGAACACAAAUUGACAAAGAGGGGCAAAAUAAACUAUUUAAUAAAUAAAUACUGGGUAAUAAUGUUUUUUCAUACAAAUUGAAGAAAUACGAAUUUUUUGUGACGCGACAACACAUGGUUAAGAAUUUAAUUAAUAUCUGCACUAAUCCUAAACAAAAUGCAGUUGUAUGAUAGCAUAGUCUUGCUAAAAUGUGCAUGAUUGUGUCAACACGCUGGUCGCACUAAUGCUCGAAAAUGGUUUGCUGGUUCAAAUCACACUACCUUCUAGAUGCCAUUUUAAUUACAUAAAAGGUUUCUUCAGUAAUCAAAAAUUGUGUUAAACCUUUCUUAGUUACCUGUCACCUGCCAGAAUUAGAUAAUUAGCCCCACAUAUCAAAACAGUGCAAAUGUAGGUCAUUAUUUCACAAGACUAAAUUUAACUUUGUCCAGUCUGGGUAAGAGGUAAAACGUCAGGGUGUUUUGUUAUUCCUCUUAGCGAUGGGCUAAUUCUAUUGGCCAUGACAAUCUUGGGAUGGUGGCGAUGAUGCUAAUGGGCUAAGGGCUGGAUCGGCUAGGGCAGUACAGAAUUUGGAUAAUCCAAUAGAUUGACUCACAGAGCAUAUUUAUGGCACCAAUUCAAUCCUGCAAGCAAACCAGCAAGUGCAUGGAAUUUAACGUUGUUAAAAUGUUUAACAAAAGCCUUGAUUAAUGAGAACAUUUAAUUGACAUCAAAUUGACAUUUGUGCCUAUUGUGGUCAACAAGUUGAGUUUGGGAAUAAAGCGGCCAGAGAUAAAACACGUCAGUGUUUGAUAAGGCAAACAGAGCCAGGAAAAUCAAUGAAAGGUUAGACUGGUAAACUUUGGCCUCAACUGAUAGUCGGUGGUUCAUCUGAAGAGAGUUGCAUCUCCAAUUGGGAUUAUUUUUUGGUAGUGUACACGUGAUAUACAUCUCUUAAAUUCAGUGCAUGGUCUUCUAAUUGUCACAAAGCGCAGUGACAGAACAGGUCAAUGGAUGGGUGAAAAGGUCACAAUCAUAAUAUCAUAGUGCCUUCUAGCAGCACCAUCAAACAAGUGCAUUUCGGUCAAAAGCUCAGCCACCUUAAGUCCCGCAUUAACAGAAUUAUCCUGGACCCACAUGAGGAGAUGUUUUCCCCCCUGCCCUACUUACCUCCAACUUAUCUCUUACGCCGCAGAGACGCUCGACGUGUACACCCAAAGGUAAGGUCUCCCUUCUCCUUCUUGCAUUUUAGACAUUUCCAGGCGGCAUUCUCUAUCUGAACUGUAUUUUGAUCCGCUAUAUGGAUCACUGUGCUGGGUCUUUACGUGACAGCCUGCGAUCAGGAACAGGCUCAAACGUCGCCUCUAUUCUAAGACACUGGCCAAAUCCAACCAUGGGCAAUAGUACAAGUAGCGCCUUGUCCAAGGAAAUCCUGGAGGACCUGAAGCUGAGCACCAAGUUCACCGAGCACGAGAUCAGCCAGUGGUACGAGAACUUCCAAAAGCAGUGCCCGACGGGCCGCAUUACGGUCGAGGGGUUCGAGCAGAUCUACGCCCGCUUCUUUCCGGACAGCGAUGCCAAGAGCUACGCUCGCCACGUGUUCCGUUCCUUUGACACCAAUGAUGAUGGCACGCUGGACUUCAAAGAGUACAUCAUCGCCUUGCACAUGACCUCUACCGGGAAGACCACCAGGAAGUUGGAGUGGGCCUUCUCGCUCUUCGACGUGGACAAGAAUGGAUACAUCAACAAAACAGAAGUGACGGAAAUCUGCCAGGCCAUCUUCAAACUGAUCCCCAAAGAAGACCAGAGCAGGCUACCGGAAGACGAGAACACGCCCGAGAAGCGAGCCAACAAGCUGUGGGCCUACUUUGAGAAGAAAGACAAUGAGCGACUGGCCGAAGGAGAGUUCAUCAAGGGAGUAAUCGAGAAUGAAAAUGCAAUGCGCCUCAUCCACUACGAACCGCUCAAACAUUGAAGUGGCACAAAAAAAAUGAAAUGUGUAAAUAUUUUGCGUUACUUAUUUGACAGGAAUCGAUAUCAAAUGUAAUUUUGUUUUAUUGUUUGUCACGUGGCAUUGAUUAAUUAUCAGAAAAGAAUUACGAGGUUGUGUUAUUUUAGAAAAAAAAUACACAGUACACUUCUUUUUAGCAUUUUGGAAAUUACUUUGCUCCUUUUUUUUGUCAGAAAUUUGAAGAAACUCAGUAAUUGUAAUUUCUAGCAUAAUAGAACUGAGUUUAAAUGGCGACAUUGCAUAUAUAUAGAUUUCGAUUUUUGUUUGGUCAAAAAAAGAAACAGAAAUGCAUACAAACUCAGCAUAUAUUGCUUAAAUUCAUAUUUGAAUGAGUUUUCAAUUUGAUUGGCUGGAGUAAACAUGAUUUUUUUGAGUUAACUAAAUUUAAACUCCAAACAUGUUAUUUGUUGUCAACCUGUUUCACAAAAUUGAAAAAAAUUCAAAUUGAUCAGUCAUGAACGUGUAUAUUUGUGUGUUCAACUCAAAUAGUUUUACCAUAAAAUAUUAUGUAAAGUCGUGGUUUUAUUAUUUUGGGUAGUCAACAUAGAAACUAAUUAAUAUAGCGAGUAAUGACUGCAUAGCGUUUUAAAGUCUUAUUUGUUCAGCCAAAAGUAAGAUUAUGUGAAAAUAUCUGUUUACUGUACAUCUGGGGACUGUGAUAAAAACAAGCCGUACUCUGGACGAUCGCAAAAGCGUCAUACCUGAUUGUUUCUUUUUUGCUUUUUUUAACAGCUAUUGGAACAUAUGUAGUUGUUUUACUUCCGAUGUAACUUACGACAUUAAAGAU